CUUUGCCUUUGGGCCGGCCGGCGCCUCAUAUUCUCCAGCCGAUUACUUGGACAUCUAUAUGCACGCCCUUCCAAAGAAUACGCAAUCCAGCGCGCCGCGACAAGUUAUCGCAUUUCGCACUCUGCGCCACGCGGACGACGUGUCACAGGAGGAUCGUGCCGAAUAUCAGCGCGAAAUGGAUGUGAUGUUGAAUCGACUAAUCGAUACCUUCAAUAUCUCACCACCAACCAUACCCUCUUCAGGCAAGAAUAGCGCCUCGUCACCAUUUUUCAGAUGUACGUGGUGGGAUAGCUGGGCAGUGCUCGCAGCCGCCUGCCGGGAAGAGUGGACGACCGUGUGGGCGACGGGCAUUCGGAUAAUGCUCGCGCUCAAUGACGCCGAGGAACACGCUCAACGGCUAAUCGAACAGGAACCAUGGCCGGCACCUAAUGUGUACGGCACCACUCUCCAUACCAACGAACCAGCAGACCGGCUGCGACUUCGAUGGAAUUCGUCGACGAUAUCCCCCCUUCAAUACCGUUUAAUCUGCUUCACCGCACCAUCCGGCCCAUGGCCCCCACACAGUCCCCCCGCUUUUACGCAA